AUGACAGACAUCAGCAAGCGUCCGAGUCGCCGUGCCAAGAAUAUUGCGACAAGACGUUCGCACUCAACACAAUUUACACCUUUGUUGAUAGGCAUCUUCAUCAUUGCCUGUUUAUUUGUCCCAUUUGUACUUUUUCCCGAUGGAGUGUUACCAUGGGAGAAGAACCCUUCAGCUCGUUCACAAGCCAACAAAGUGAACUUAUCCCCAGCGAACGUAUCGCUAUCUCCGAGAACCGACUUGCAAGCAACAAAGCAUAACUGUUCCAUGCCAACUUCUCGAUACAGCUUGAGUACCGGCAUAACUUCCUGCUACCCAUCUUCGGGGGGUAUAUGGACAGCCAAGCUGGGCCCCGUGGAGCUACAACAUCUACAAAUAGAUCGCUUUGAAUCUUCCGAGCGACAUCAGGACCAGGCCCGCGAGGAUAAUUUCUGUUAUCAACUUCGUCUUUUCGGUGGUUCCUGGUACGACCUAGAUGAAGAUGACUUUUGGGACAACGGGAAAUGCGUCGAGCUGUAUAGUGGGCAAUUCAUCCCAGCAGUCGUGAUAAAACGCGAGGUUGGAAUACAAGAUGAUGGAAUCAUCGCGAUUCUCGAUCUUAAUGAUCACAAUUUAGCCCCGGAAAAUAGAAGAGCGCUGGAAAAUGCUCUCUGUAUGGACCACCGAGCCAUGGUGUUAGGUUGGAGUGGAGCGAAAGCUUGCGUCAACGCGAGCAGUUGCCCUCUGUUGCAGGACUUGUCUGAAAGGCCUGACAUGUUGCAAGGAAUUUCAAAGCAGCAUCCACCUGAAUUUUUCUGCGGGACCUUUUUGUUUGAUUCAGUCGCGUAA